GUGGGUAGGACACUUUGAGGCCGUCCAUUGCUCCGUCGUCCUGAAGGAGAGAGGAGAUGAAGGGGAUCCGGGGAAUCAGCCAGCUCUCGAGGCGGUUCUAUGCGGCGGUCAGAGCGGGCCAGUCCCUUGUGCAGCCCCUGGCUGGCCUCAAGCUCUCGCCCGGGGCUGCCCGCUCCUACCAGGAUAUCCAUGUAACCAAACUCCCCAGUGGCCUGGUGAUCGCCUCACUGGAAAACUAUUCUCCAGCCUCCAAGAUCGGUGUGUUUGUCAAGGCUGGCUGCCGUUACGAGACCCCCGAGAACCAGGGCGUGACCCACCUGCUCCGACUGGCCUCCAGUUUGACAACCAAAGGAGCUUCGGCUUUUAAGAUUUGUCGUGGUAUUGAAGCAGUCGGUGGCAGUCUGAGCGUCACGUCUUCCAGAGAAACCAUGAUGUAUUCCGUCGACUGCCUGAGAGAUGACAUUGACACGGUGAUGGAGUAUCUGAUCAACGUGACGACGGCCCCGGAGUUCCGUCCGUGGGAGGUGUCGGACCUCACGUCACGAGUCGAGCUGGACAAAGCACAGGCUGCACAGAGCCCUCAGAUCGGCGUGGUGGAAGCCCUGCACGGAGCGGCCUAUAAGAACGCCCUCUGUAACUCGCUGUACUGCCCGGACUACAUGGUCGGCAACAUCCAGUCUGAGCAUCUGCACCAGUUUGUUCAGAACAAUUUCACAAGUGCCAGAAUGGCUCUUCUGGGAAUUGGUAUCGACCACGCGGUGCUGAAGCAGGUGGGAGAGCAGUUCCUCAACAUCCGCAGCGGCGCAGGAACCACGGGCGCCGCGGCGCAGUACCGUGGAGGCGAGGUGCGCGUGGCCGGCACCGCCGGCCUGGUGCAAGCGGCGGUGGUGAGCCAGUCGGCGGCGGCCGGCACCGACGAGGCGCUGGCCUUCAGCGUGCUGCAGCACCUGCUGGGAGGCGGCCCGCACGUGAAGAGGGGCUCCAACGCUUCCAGCAAACUCAUCCAGGGCGUCGCCAAGGCGACCGCCGAGCCCUUUGAUGUCAGUGCGUUCAACGCCAGCUACUCGGACUCCGGCCUCUUCGGGGUCUACACCAUCGCCCACGCCGCGUCCGCCGGGGAGGUGAUCAAGGCGGCCGUCGCUCAGGUCAACGCCGUCGCGUCCGGCGGAGUCACGGCAGCCGACCUGACCCGGGCCAAGGCGCAGCUCCAGGGUCAGUUCCUCAUGUCUCUGGAAACGUCUGAAGGCCUGCUGGAGGCCAUGGGCACUCAGGCGCUGGCUGCGGGGUCGUACCACUCCCCCGAGGAAAUCUCCAAGAAGAUCGACAACGUGUCCCUGACUGAUGUUGCUAAUGCUGCCAAGAAAUUUGCGUCUGGGAAGAAGACCAUGGCGUCCUCUGGAAACCUCUCAAAGGUCCCCUUCGUGGACGAGAUUUGAUUUGUUCCUGUUCAACUUGUAUUGUACCUGAUUGAUAACACAGCAGGUGCAUCCGGAGAAACUAGAGAAGGUCAUCACAAAGUUGUUCAACGCUUUCUGUCAUAACACCUCUGGGAUAUUUAUAGGUGUUGUAAACGUUUAAUUUCAGACGAUGUUGCUCUGGUGCAUCAUGGUACACCCCCACCUCCACCCGCCAUCCGUCACCAUUAACUGUAUAGCUGAUGUAAAAUAAGGAAUAAAUUCUAUCUACCUGA